AAUAGCUGAGCACUUUCAUUCCUCCACGAACAUAUAAAAACCAAUACCGGUAGGCAAAGCGUUUAAUAUAACUGCCAAAUGUCGCCCAGUUCAUUUUCGCUGACUGUGGGAACGGUCUCACUGAUCCUUAGUGCCGGUACGUACGCGUUAGAUGGUACACCUCAAAAUAUUACAGACGCGUUGGAAGCGCGGAUUAUCAACGGUCAGAGGGUGACCAUCGACCAAUAUCCCUAUCUAGUGGCAAUUCGAAUAUGGGGACGCUUUAAGUGUGGCGGCAGUAUAAUUAGCCGUAGUGUCGUCUUGACCGCAGCGCAUUGUUUAGCAGUUGAAAAAGACGCACGCAAUUAUAGCAUAAUAUAUGGACAAACCGAUAUUGAGGGUGCAACGACAAAUAUAAUACAAGUGAAAAGCUUUACGAUGCAUCCACAGUAUGAUAAUAUCAAUAUGGACUACGAUGCGGGUAUGCUGUUUCUAACCAAGGAUAUACCGUUCGGUCAACGAGCGCAGUGCAUCAAAUUGGCUGUGAACGGUGCGAGGCCUGGUAGGCGUGUCACUAUUGCGGGCUGGGGAAAAACGCAGGCGGGUGUUGUUGGUGAUUUGCAUGCUGUCCAUGUGAAUGUCAUAUCGCCGCUGAGAUGUACGACGAUGUACAAAAAUAUGUUGAAAAUAACAUCACGUAUGCUGUGUGCUGGUGUAUCACAAGGCGGUAAAGACGCUUGCAAGGGUGACUCUGGUGGGCCAUUGGUGGCCGCAAACGAGCAAGUGGGUAUAUGCUCCUAUGGCUUUGGGUGCGGACUUAAAGGUUACCCUGGUGUCUAUAGUAAUGUUGUCGUUUUACGCAAUUGGAUUUUAAACCAUGUGGACAUAAGGUGUAGCGUUACGAAGGCAGUUUCAAGUUCAAAGGGCGGACGAAAGAAAAAGUUGAAUUUAGAUUAAUUGCAAGCGUGAAUGGGAAGGAAAGCGGAAAGCAUUAAUGUGUAGAGCUGCAUAGUAGUAUUAGUUAUUAUUUUUCGUAUUUUGUUGAAAGAAUUAGCGAAGCUUUAGAUUUAUUUAUUGUACCGAAGUUAUAUACGACUAAGCGUAUGAUUUAGAUAAAAUAUCGAUAUUUAGUUGAUACUUUUUAUAAUGAGAA